CUCUCUACUCUCUCUUCCGAAUGCUUCCGUCCUUUAAACUACUUCUUUCACCUUUGUUUUUCUGUCUUCCAUUUUCUCUUCUGCUACAAAUAUUUGUUCGCCGUGAUUCCUUCUGCCAUUCUUCUUUCUCUCUCUGCGAAUCCGUGCAUACGAAUGCUCUGUGAAUCUGUCUUUGACUACAAUCAUCAAUAUUAUUAUUAUUAUUAUUAUUAUGUCGUAUAACUGGAACAGCAGUAUCGAUUGGAAAAAGCAGUCCCUGGAAACGAGAUAACCAUAAACGCUCAACAUGCCUGAAGUAUUCUACAAAGAUCCUGCAGGAUAUGAACUGCUCAGUUAUGACUACAAUGGCUUUCUGGUUCCGCCAUUCCCAAAUGUUCACGAAAAUCUUGAAAAACUUCCUGAUAUGGCGAUAAGAAAUGAUGAUGUCUUUCUUCUCGGCUACAUGAAAGCAGGUUGUCAUUGGAUGUGGGAAAUAUCCGGAAUGUUACUGAAAGGCUCUGCCGAAUACAGCCUCCAAGAUAAAACCGCUGCAAUGCUGGAGAGGGCUCCGCAAGCUAGCCUAGAUCAACUUCCAUCACCCAGAGUUCUAAACAGUCAUCUCCACCUGCAUCAUCUGCCACGAGAGAUAUUUACCAAAAAACCUAAAAUGGUUUUCAUGACCCGCAACCCUCGCGACAUUGCUGUCUCUUCGUAUCAUCAUUUGUUUCAAAUGGCAGAAUUGUACCACUACGAUGGAGAUUGGAACGGUUACUUUCAUCUGAUUACAGAAGGCAAAGUGAAUUAUGGCAACUGGUUUCAAUAUAUGCUACAGUGGGAGAAGGAUAUCAAAGACCACCCUGAACUACCCAUCCUUAUACUAAGGUAUGAAGAUGUCAAAAAGGAUCCAAUUGGUAUCAUUGCUAAGCUAGCUGAAUUUUUAGAACUUCCUCGAAAUGACCAACUUUUCCAAGACAUUGCUGACAAAUGUUCUUUUUCCAAAAUGAAAGCUGCCAAACCAGCCUAUACUUCUCAGUUCCGUUCACCCAGUGCAUCCCUCUUUCGUAAAGGUGUCGUUGGAGACUGGAAAAACUGGUUUACAGUUUCACAACACGAAAUAUUCCAAACGGAAUGUGAAAACUUCAAGAAACAAUCCACAUUGUUUAACAUAAUGGAUGACGCAUCAUUUUAGAUUCUAUAUUUCUAACACACGAUUAUAUAUUUAUCUAUAAAUCAGUUUAUUUGUCUAUCUGCUUGGCUAUCUGUCUGCUUGGCUGCCUCUAUACCUAUCUAUGUAUAUAGAUAUGUUCAUGUUUAUACAUAUAGAGAGAUGUCAGUACAUAAAUAUGCAUGUAUGCAUUCACCACAAAUACUACAAGCUGUUCAAAAGAUUAAAUCUAAGUUCUAUCUAUCUAUCUAUCUAUCUAUCUAUCUAUCUAUCUAUCUAUCUAUCUAUCUAUCUAUCUAUCUAUCUAUCUAUCUAUCUAUCUAUCUAUCUAUCUAUCUAUCUAUACACACAU